AUGGUUACUGGGUAUGCAAGAAAAGGUCUUGUUAACGAUGCGCUAAAUUGGUUUAUGAGAAUCCCCGAAACCAACGAGCUGGGAUGGACUGUUCUUGUCACUGCAUAUGCCCAGCUUGGGCAUAUUGAAAAAGCCAAGGAGCUUUUCAGUAAAAUGGCACACCGCGACUUAAUCUCGUGGAACGCAAUGCUAGCGGCAACGUCCAGCCUGCAAGAAGCGGGGUCUCUGUUUGAUGCCAUGUCACAGAGGAACGUUGCAUCGUGGUCGGCAAUGAUCACAGCACUGGCUGAGAGAAACCAGCUUGAAGAAGCUCGCAUUCUCUUCGAUCGAGCUCCUUAUCACGAUGACGUGGUGUGGACUGCCAUGAUUUUGGCCUACUCCAACCACGGCCACCUCGAAGAAGCCCUGAAGAUGUUUGCACGGAUGCCACAGUGCGAUCUCGUCGCUUGGACGGCAAUGGUGGCGGCAAUUGCUUUGCACGGGAGCUUGAUCGAUGCCAGAGCCUUGUUCGACAAAAUGCCACAGCAUGAUAGCGUCACGUGGAACACGAUGCUGGGAGCUUACAUCCAGAGCAAUUGCCUCGUCCAAGCAUGGGAGCUCUUCGCGGCCAUGCCAGUGAGAGACACAGCGAGCUGGAACGCAAUCCUUGCCGCGAGCACUCAAAGGGGGAAUCUCUUGCAGGUCGGGAAGAUCUUCUCCACAUUUUUGUUGUGGAACGCGCUGAUCCAUGGCUGCGCACAGAAUGGCCAUGAGCAAAAAGCUGCUGAGUUCUUUGGCAGCAUGGCGAUGGAGGGCGAGGCGAGAAACGUGAUAAGUUUCCAGAUGGUGCUGGGACAAGCCAGGCUGGUUGCCGAGGCUGAAGGCCUGCUGCUGGUGAUGCCCUUCCAGCCGCAUUUCCUCGCGUGGAAGAGCUUGAUCAGCGCUUGCAAAGUUCAUGGUAGCGGUAAGAACAUCGAUGUUGCAGCUUGUGCUGCAGAGAAACUCUUGGAGAUGAAACCAGGGGACUCUGAUGCUCUACGUGCUCAUGUCAAAUCUGAAAAGCAGCUGUGA